GCGGCGGUCGGCAGCGCAAGUGGUCCCCCGCCCGCGGCCCGGCAAGAUGCCCCUGGGGCUGCGGAGAAAGAUGAAAAAGAAGUCCAAGGAGGCCGCGCAGCUGGUGAAGGUCGAGCAGGCGGGCGCGAGCGGCAGCAGCCUCCCGGACCCCCCGGUUCCCACACGCAAGCUGGUUUUCCACACGCAGCUGGCGCACGGCAGCGCCACGGGCCGAGUGGAGGAUUUCUCCAGCAUCCAGGAGCUCUACGCCAAGAUUGCGGAGGUGUUCGAGAUCUCGGCGUCGGAGAUCUUAUUUUGUACUUUAAACACACCUAAAGUUGAUAUGGAAAGACUCUUAGGAUCACAAAUAGGCCUUGAAGAUUUCAUAUUUGCCCACGUGAAAGGUAUCCAAAAAGAAGUGAGUGUACAUAAAUCUGAGGAUUCACUUGGUCUCACCAUUACAGAUAAUGGUUCUGGCUAUGCUUUUAUAAAGAGAAUUAAAGAUGGUAGCCUCAUUGACUCCGUUAAAACAGUCUGUGUGGGGGAUCAUAUUGAAUCCAUAAAUGGGGAAGACGUCAUUGGGUGGCGUCACUAUGAUGUUGCUAAAAAGUUAAAGGAAUUAAAAAAAGAUGAACCUUUUACCUUGAAGUUAAUAGAACCUAAGAAGGCAUUUGAAAUAGAGCCAAGGUCCAAAGCUGGAAAGUCAUCAGCAGGAAAAAUUAGCACUGGAAGAGAGACACUUCGCCUGAGAUCAAAGGGUCCUGCCACUGUGGAAGAAAUGCCUUCUGAAGCCAAAUCAAAAGCAAUUGGAAAGAUUGAUGAUCUUCUUGAAUUGUACAUGGGAAUUCGAGAUAUUGAUUUAGCUACCACAAUGUUUGAAGCUGGAAAGGACAAAGGUAAUCCAGAUGAAUUUGCUGUGGCACUUGACGAAACUCUUGGAGACUUUGCGUUCCCAGAUGAAUUUCUCUUUGAUGUUUGGGGAGCCAUCGGUGAUGUGAAACGAGAAUGAUUAUGAUGUGGAUGAUCCAUCUCUGGAGAAAUGAACCAUUCUUCCUUUUCAAAACCCCAUAAAAUCUGUUU